AUGGCCUUUGGUAGCAGCCAAGGACUCAGUUGUCUGAAUCUGAUGCCUGGUGGACCGCUGCUUCGUGCACACAAGGAUGAUGAUCAAUUCCCUCCAUGGUAUACUCGAGAAAUCCCCGAACCGGAGUAUACCGAGGACAAGGUGGUCAAUGCCGAUAUUGCAUGUGUGAUUACUUAUUCCCUCGUGCUCCUCUUCUGA